GUGCUUCCAAACGUUGCUGUUCAAUGGCGAGGGGCGACGGCAGUGGCGUUGCAGCAGGUGGUGACAGUGGUGCAUCCGGAAGGAGGAGACCUCCUUCAGGAUCGACGGACAAAGGAAAGGCCAGUGCCACUGCCAGUGCUUCUGCAUCUGGGGUGACUGCAAAGGAUCCCACGCCCACGCCGGCGUCUGACCCUUCACUGUUCGUUCCUCAGGAUGAGACAAGGCAACAACAACUGCAGCGCACCCGGGACGUGUGGAAAUACGUUAUACAGGGUCAAGAAGCCCUGCUGAAGGGUCGAGGACAGUAUUGGCUGAAGUGCCGGCUAUGCACACAGAUUUGGAGGGGCACAAGCACAGGGGCAGUGGAACACUUUUUGAAGUUGUUGAAGCCUUGUCCCUUGAGGACAGGUGAGAUGGUGCACAAGCUCGUGGUCGCCGGUGCGAAGGUGGUGCCCAGCGACAAAAACACACAGUACCUCCUGAAGAACUAUAGGCAGUUGCAUGGCAUUGCGGAAGGGGGGGCGACUGCGACGGAGACUCAGGACGUGGAGCCACUCAUUUCCGGGUACGAGGAGCCGCAACCACCAACCACUGCGGGGAUGGCACCACCGAAAACAUCUUCCCGAACAGAGCUGGUCGCCGCUGUAAACGAGGGGCUUGCGGAAGGUUCAACGUCAAACACGAGGGUUGCAUCGUUGCAGCAGACAUCAAUCAGGAGAUGGGUGGACAAUGAUGCACAGAAGAAGCUGGAUAUUGCAUGGGCGGAUGCGAUGUUCUGUGCUGGCAUUGCGUUUAACUUCCUGAACGUUGACACGAUGCAGAAGCUCCACGAGGUUUACUUGGAAGUGGCGAAUGCACGACCGAAGGUCAAGCUGCCCUCGUACAAGCAUAUGAGGACGGUGAUGCUUGACUUCAUCUACUUGCGAAUUAAAAAGCAAGUGCAUCCUCUGACAGCUUGUUGGGAUGAAUCUGGCUGUACAUUCAUCACGGAUGGGUCAUCCGACCGUCGAGAGCGCCCUGUCAUGAACUUCUUGGCAGCGGGGGAAAAGGGUGCAGUUUUGGUGGCCACAGUGUCAAUGACGGCAAGGAAGAAGACAGCGCAGGCGUUGGCGAAGUUGUGGGAACAGAUCAUGAGGGAGAUAGGGGUGCGUCGCAUCAACGCAAUCUGCACUGACAAUGCCGAGGUGAACAAGAUGGCUGCUCAGAUUCUGGAACGCCGGACUGACAAAGACAUUGCAAGGAUUCCAUGGGUUCUUUGCACUGCGCAUUGUUGCAGCCUUUUGCUGCGAGACAUCAACAAGCUAGACUGGGUAUAGGGCACUGUCAAGAGAGGCCACAUGAUUGUUAAGUUUAUCCGGAACUACCACUC